AUGUCGAUCCCCACCUCAACCUCGGUCAAGGAGUCCGCCGUCAUCAAGGCUCCUCUGAGCCAUGUGUGGCAUCACAUCAAACUCCAAAACUUCAGCAACUUCUGGACCGCCCUCAAGUCCAGCGAGUUUGUCAAGGGUGCCAACGACGAGGCCGAUGUCGUUCACUGGACCUUCAAUGACGGCACCGAGCUCGACGUGAAGCAGGAGGAGCACAGCACCAUCAACCACUACAUUACAUACAGCGUUAUCACCGCCAAACCUAACCUCACAUACACCUCGGUCCUAUCCACCAUCCGAUGCUACGCCGUCACUUACGGCGAGCUUGAGGGCUGCACCUACAUCGAGUGGUCUGGUAACUUCUCGAGCGAUGCCGAUGCCGGUGUUAUCGAAGAUGCCAAGUUUAAGCGUCGUGAUGCCCUGGCUGACUUGGCCAAGGUUGCGGCGAAGAAGUGA